GUUUUUCUAUUCUUUCACGUGUAGGGAAAAUCUUUAUUUGGUAAUGGAGUACUUAAAUGGAGGAGAUCUUUUCUCUUUGCUGAGGAACUUAGGCUGCUUGGAGGAAGAUGUGGCACGUAUAUAUAUUGCAGAAGUUGUUCUUGCUUUAGAGUAUUUGCACUCAUUAAAUGUCAUUCAUAGGGAUUUGAAGCCAGACAACCUGCUGAUAGGUCCAGAUGGUCACAUCAAGUUGACAGAUUUUGGGCUCUCCAAAGUUGGUCUUAUAAACAGUACAGAUGACUUAUCUGGUCUGCCUGCUUUUCUUGGGGACGAUAAACCAAAAGCUUCUGCUGCGCAAUCAUCGGUCAAAAGAGAACAGCGGCAAAAACAUGCUGUUGUUGGAACCCCCGACUAUUUGGCACCAGAGAUACUCUUGGGCACAGGACAUGGCGCAACAGCUGAUUGGUGGUCUGUGGGUGUCAUUCUUUUUGAGCUCCUUGUAGGAAUUCCACCUUUUAAUGCUGAACAUCCACAU